CCUGUUUUGUGAGCUAACUUGACGUCAGUUUAGCGUCGCUUAGCUACUUUGCUCAACUUUACGCAGUUUUUGACUUUUGAGAUAGAAAACCUUACACUCAUGACAGUUUAGGGCUACUUCUUAGCAAGCAUGGCUAAAGAGAAAGAGCCUCACUGGUCGGACGUUUUGAAAAGGAGGUUAGCAAACUCCCAGAAAGAAGAAAGAAGCGAAGAAGAAAAUAAAGCAGAAGAAACUGAGCUGUUCACCAAAUAUUACACAGAGUGGAGGGGAGGAGGCGACAGAGACAAGUCCUACAAGAACAUCCCUCGGUUCUACUACAGGCUACCAGCAGAGGAUGAAGUUUUACUCCAGAAGCUGAGAGAGGAAUCCAGAGCAGUCUUCCUCCAGAGGAAGAGCAGAGAACUGCUGGAUAAUGAAGAACUCCAGAAUCUGUGGUUUCUGCUCGAUAAGCACCAGGUGCCUCCUGUGAGUGGAGAGGAGGCCAUGAUCAGCUAUGAAGCCUACCUGCAGGUGGGGGGAAAGGCUGGACCCAAGUGCGCAAAAUUCUUCACAGCCAGAGUGUAUGCCAAGCUGCUCCACAAUGACCCUUACGGCAGGAUCUCUAUCAUGCAGUUCUUUAACUACGUCAUGAGGAAAGUGUGGCUGCAUCAGACCCGGAUAGGUCUGAGUCUGUAUGAUGUGGCAGGACAGGGUUACCUCAGGGAGUCGGAUCUGGAGAACUACAUCCUGGAGCUGAUCCCCACUCUGCCUCAGCUGGACGGAUUGGAGAAGUCCUUCUACUCCUUUUACGUCUGCACUGCCGUCCGCAAGUUUUUCUUCUUCCUCGACCCCCUCCGUACCGGAAAGAUUAAAAUCCAGGAUAUCCUGGCCUGCAGUUUUCUGGAUGACUUACUGGAGUUAAGAGACGAGGAGCUGUCUAAAGAGAGCCAGGAGUCCAACUGGUUCUCGGCCCCCUCGGCUCUGCGAGUCUACGGCCAGUACCUCAACCUGGACAAGGACCACAACGGCAUGUUGAGCAAAGAGGAGCUGUCACGCUACGGCACAGCCACCCUCACCUCAGUCUUCCUGGACAGAGUGUUCCAGGAGUGCCUCACCUACGAUGGAGAAAUGGAUUAUAAGACGUACUUAGACUUUGUGUUGGCCUUGGAGAACAGGAAGGAGCCGGCAGCGCUGCAGUAUAUUUUUAAACUUUUAGACAUGGAGAAUCAGGGAUACCUCAACGUCUUCUCCCUCAACUACUUCUUCAGGGCCAUUCAAGAACAGAUGAAACUCCACAGUCAAGAGCUUGUCUCCUUCCAGGAUGUCAAAGAUGAGAUCUUUGACAUGGUGAAGCCUAAAGAUCCCUACAAGAUCACACUCCAGGAUUUGGUCAACAGUUGCCAGGGCGACACGGUCACCAGCAUCCUGAUCGACCUCAACGGCUUCUGGACCUACGAGAACAGAGAAGUGCUGGUCGCCAACGACAACGACGGCAGCAACACAGCCGACCUCGACGACACCUAAAGACAAUUACCAACAAACAAAAUCACGUCUGUUAAUGUUUCAUUCAGCAGGACACUGAACCCUGACCUGCUGACUCAUGUUAAGUUUCAGCAGAACAGGAAAGAAAUGAAUGAGCUGGAUGGAAGGAAGAAAAUCAGGCAUGGUGCUUUGUGUAAAUAUCGUUCUGUUAUUUAUAUUGUAAAGAAGACCUAAUAUACAUGUUGUCAUUGACCUUUUUAAAAUAAAUGUUUCAUUUUCUGACCAUGCCUGUAUGUUUAUGUUUCCAUCUGCCUCAGCUUUCAUGUUUUAUGCAGGCACCUCAUCAUUCACAUCCACUGGAAUUAAACAGCCCACACACAUGAUAAACAAUAUAUAGAUACUGUAUGAAUCAGUGUUUACUGAAGGGAAUCAACUUGUGGAAAAA